CAAUUUGAAGUACGCGGUAUCGACAACAAAUGAAUAGAACUUACCUGUGUUAGCAAUUAAUUUUUGUAUUAAAUAUGAAGUAUCACUGAAAGCUAUAGUAAGCGACCAGUUCAUUUUUCUGUCCGAAUCAAUUGGUUUUGAACAACAACCAGUUAUUAGGUAAAGAAACUGAACUUAGUAAGCGCAAGACUCGAAUGCCUGGGGUACGGCCUGUGAUAUUUAUCCGACCGAUAUGCCUACCCAAAACAACACACUAUUUCCCGUUGUGGAAGCGGCAGGUUGAAUAUCCUAAGGUUUUUCCUGGUGAUCCUCCAGUACCAUGUUUUCUGCCUCCGUUUUGGAUGAAAAUGAUGUAUCCUGGUCCAAAGAAUCCUCCUGACCAUGUUAUUUUCAAAGUCCACCCACAAAUGACUAAGCGCGACGUGCAGCAGUAUCUAGUAAAGAUAUACAAUGUUCCUGUUGUAGAUGUCCGAGUAAAGAUGGUUUAUCACGAUUUAGAACCAAUUGAUGAGCCGGAAUCCCGUAAAGCCCAGAGAUUACUCGAUUCCACACAAUUUCCCCCUAAACCUGAACGCUAUGAAAAGGUUGCAUAUGUUCGUUUGGCCCCUGGUGAAGUUUUUGUUUUUCCUGAUCUAUUCAAAGACAAACGUCCAUCAGAUGCUACUGAUGCUCUAAUGGAUGACGAUGCUGACAUAUCUGAAGAAGUCAUUUCUGAUGACUCCAAAAAGUUAGAGAAUAACAAAUUUCAACCUCUGAAAGGGUGUAGCAAAUGUUCACAUAUUGUUUUUCCUGUUACAUAUUGAAGUGGAAUGUCACCUGUGUUUCUCUCAAUUAAACAGUUGGCAACUAGAUUUUCAUGCAUGUCAAUAAACACUAUUUCUAAUAGUCGAAUAGCCCUUUCUUGCCAAGAAAUAUUUACAAAUGAUGCUUCCUGUUUGAUCGCUGUUUCUUCUUUAGAAAUAUUAUUUG